CCUGCAGGAGGCACACGAGAAGAAAAACCCGCACCUGAAAGCAUCUCUGCGUUUUGGUCCUCAUCUCUCUCGCUAUGAAAAGUGUGGUGGCUCUCAUCUUGCUGUUGUGCAGUACAGCUUUAUGUGUGCAAGUCAAGGAUGGUGACAGAAGCUUCCCCUUAGAGGCCGUGAAGCAGCUGAAGGCCUUGAUGGACAGGGUGGGGGAGCGUCUCGGUCCGCAGCUCGCUCGCAGCCGCAGGGUGCUUGCCGUGUGCGCCGACCCCGUCUUGCCACGGGUCUUUUAUCCCACGUGCCGAGGCCAAGGUGCUGCAGGGGUCUUCUCCAGACUUGUGAAUGUUCUCAUAUCUUCUGACCCGUGUGAGAUAUGCGUCAACCCCUCGUGCUUUGGCUGUCUGCGCUGAGGCUGACUUUGUAAUAAAUAAUCAUCAUCUGCAAGCAACAAGAAAAUAAUGA